CGUGAUAAUUUUGUCUUUAUUAGCAGUAACACAAAGUCGUCUUCAAUGUCGGGAAUAUACAAUCAUAGGCAGAUUACACCAGGAGGAGCAGGAGGGUCGAACCGUUUCAACGAGCUCUUGGAAGCUUUGAAGCAAGAAUAUGACAGUCUCCAACAGGAAGCCAUGGCUUAUAAAAUGCAACGUGAAGAAUUCGAACAUAAAGAAAUUCAUACGAUGUCGAAAUACAAUCGUGUACUACGUAAUAUGGUGUUGUUGGCCGGUGUCAUUGUACUUCGGUUAUCGAUGCUCUGCAAUUUUAUCACGCGUCAACUCAAUCUACAGCAACAGACCGACGAAGUCAGCAUGAUCCGUCAGGGUUUAUACGAAUUGCAGAACACCCAAAAAAACAUAAAACAACAAUAUGAUGCGGAGAUACGUAAUCUUCAACGUGAAAUCGAACAACAAAGGUUACAUGCUCAUCCUUCUUCCAGCACUCACCCUCAGCCGCCACCCUCGCACCCCCCGCCGCAGCCUCCUCCACCAGCCAUUGGUCAAGGUCAAAGUAAUCUUUUCGGCACUAUCAUCAGUGGCAAUGGCCCUCAAAGCCUUGUCGCACCUCCUCAGAUGUUGGAUCCUGCGCAGUCUGCGAACCAACAGGGACAUCCAUAUCCCGGUCCGGGGGGUCCCCCUCAAAGUGUUCCACAAUCUGGCGGUAGCACUGCUCCAUCUCCAUAUCUUAAUGGUGGUGGUCCACCGGGUCAAUCACACACAACAAAGAGGCCACGCAUAGGCAUAGAUGAUGGCUUGCCACAAGGUCCGCAAGCUCCUAUUGGAAUUCCUCCAAAUACGCAGCAAUCUCCAGCCGGACUGUACGGCAGCAACGUUGUUCCUCCUCCUCAACCUGGUCAACAAGGACCUCCCUUGAAUCCGGGAUAUGCUCCGUCUGUUGGUCAAAGUAAUAAACCCGUUAAUAAAACAAAGUUACAAUAUUAUGGCUUACAGCCCGGAAAUUUGAUAUCACAGAUUGGAGGCCCUGAUGGACCACAGAGUUCUGGAGUUCCUACCAACGGUAAUGCUCCAUUACCAGGUCUACCUCCCAAACGGAAAAAUAAUCAAAACAUGAACACUCAAUUAGCUGGUUCUCGCCUCCCUUUAAAGCAAAGUACAAUUAGUGGUGCCGGAAACUCCGGCCUAAGUGACAUGGAUCCAGAAAGUGUACCACCCCAACUUAAGAAAGAAGGAACCGAUUGGUUCGCGAUUUUCAACCCUAAAGUACAACGAACACUCGACGUAGAAUUGCUUCAUACAUUGGAGCAUAACAGUGUCGUAUGCUGCGUCAAAUUUAGUGCGGACGGAAAGCAACUUGCCACCGGCUGUAACCGAAGUGCCCAGAUCUACGAUGUUUCAAAUGCUCAAAAAAUAUGUGUUUUGGAUGACACCAACGUGGAUAAAACUGGAGACUUGUACAUUAGAAGUGUUUGUUUUAGUCCGGAUGGUCUAUGUUUAGCAACAGGCGCUGAGGAUAAACAGAUUAGG